UUGUCCAAAUCACGCUUCUAACCUAAAUUUGAGUAAAAUGGAGUAAGAAUUGGAGAUGCUCUAACCAUAGAAGGAUUGUCUCUGUUUCACAGCCCUAGGGAUCGUCGGAGGAGGAGGAAAGCAAGGAAAAAACAGAAGGCAAGCAGGCAUCGUUCUUCAGAGAGAGAGAGAGAGAGAGAGAGAAAUGGGAGAGGAAGGGAGCGAGGCAAGUGGAAUAGUAGGGGAGGAAUCCUCCUUAUCCUCUGGUUCAGUGAAUCGUCCUCCUCCUGAACAAGAGGAACCAACACCACUGCAUCAUCAUCAACUGCAGCCGCAAGAUGAGGAGGAAGGGAUAUCAUCAACAUCAUGGAAGUCAUACAUCUCGGAGGAUCUGCCUCGUACUGUCGUCCAGUCCACCGACUCCGCCAUUCGCUCCGCCCGUUCUCUCCAACACACCUCCCAGACCCAUCUUCGCACCUUACGGGAUUUCAUUCCGGAAAUUGGAUCCCAUUAUAGAACUUAUGAAGAUGCUUUCUUCAGCAGGGUUAAAGAUGGGUUGAUGGAUGCAAAAGAGCACCCAUUUGUGGCUGGAGGAGUUGCUGUUAUUGCUAGCCUUCUUCUUAUGCGAGGCUCAAGAAGGUUUUUGUUCCGUCAUACAUUUGGUAGGCUUCAGAGUGAGGAGGCACAGUUUGUUAGAGCUGAAAAGCAUGUUAAAGAGUUGAAUCUUUCUGUUGAUUUGAUGAAAAAUGAGAGUAGAAAACUGCUUGAAAGGGCUGCUCUUGCUGAAAAGGAUAUGAGACAUGGCCAGUCUGAAUUAAUGAAUGCUGGAACACAGAUCCAGCGUCUUGCGAGAUCUGUGUACAAGGUUGAAGUCCAAUCUUCCGCUCGUUCUUCAGAUGACGAGGGCAGAAGUUUGAGGGCUCAUAUGGGAGGAGGAUAUUCUUUGGAUGAAUACGCGGUUGCCUUCAUCUGAAUUCGCUGUUAAUGGAAAACUCUAGGGGGGAGGGGAGGACUUAAGUCUAUAUGGGAUGUUGUGGUAAUAAUGAGUAUGAUUGAUCAGGACACAAGACUUGGGUUGAGCUGGUUUAGGUUGGGUUUGCUAUUUGUGGACCCGCGGCUCCUCAUCACCCUUUGGAUGCAUUUAUUUUGUUGUGGGGCACCUCUUUAAUUUAAGUUCCAUUACUUUUUAAAUGAGGCAGAGACUGUAAUUCUUCUGCAGCAAAAGUGCGGUACUUGAUCUCUUAA